AUGGCGCCCAAACUAAGCAAAAGCGAAAAACAAGAGCGCAUCCUGACCCACCUCCGCAGCACAGCCACAUGUCACACCUUGAAGGAUCUGGAAAAAUCCCUGCCGAGCGUGGCCUCAAUCCCCAGCAUUCAAGUCAAGGAAUACGUCCAGGCUCUAGUCGACGAGGAUCAACUACGAGUCGAAAAGAUCGGUAGCGGGAACUGGUACUGGUGCUUCGGAAGUGAAGAAAAGCAUAAACGCCAGCGCCAGUUGGUCCGGUUGCAGACGGAGGUGGAGAAGGCUCGGAAAUCUUACACCGAUGCUGAGGCGGCACUCGCCGCUGAAUCCACACGCCGCCAGCUGGAGGCCGACCCCGGCGACGAGUGGGAGCCACUGGCAGCGAAGAAGGCCGAGCUCGAGGCCGAACUUGUGGGGCUACGAGCCAUGCAACAAUCUGAGGGCAAGAGUGUACGGCAGCUAGAGCAGGAAACUGGAGAGUUCCGAGAGCAGGCAAUGCAGUGGACCGAUAACGUCUAUAUCCUGGAGGAAUACAUGCGCCGGUUAGCGGGCGGGGAUCGGGAGAUUGUCGCUGCAGUGCAGCGUGAGUGCUAUGGAGACGAGUACGUGGAUGGGGGUCUGCGCGAACUGUGA